AGGUAACUCUUAGCUCUACCUCUAGCUUAAAUGAUUUGAUUUACUUGAAUUUAGAAUUAGGUCACAGUUAGGGAAGUUAGAUAUUCAUUAACAAGUGAGGUAGGAGAGGAUAGAAAUUAUAGGUGAUCUUGAUUUCUAUUGGUCACGUAUUCCUUGUAGUGAAAAUUGUGGUGUCAAGGAUGUCUUCAGAAGGAACUUUGAGUGUUGGAAGGGAAGGAGAAAUGGGGAACCUAAGUUCAAGCUCAAGCUCAAGCUCGAGUGUGGGGAAUGAAAGUAGGACGUCUGUUUGUGGAGGGAGUGGGGUUCAGGAGUAUAGUAUUAUCCCGACAAACAUUUUAGAAGUUGAUGAUCGUCGAGAUAGGUGUUAUGAUGAAAGGGAAAAAGUGGUAGGGGAGGUUAUAAGGUAUAAGUCGUGCUGGAAGGGUAGGGGAGAGUUAGGGUAUUUGGUAGAGAAUUACGACAUCCCACCUCAUGUACUGGUAAAGCCAACCAAGACUAAGGAAUGGGCGUGUUUAACCCCAAAGGAUCAUUGGAUGCCUCUAUACGUGCAUUAUCUAGCAACUGGACUUUGGUUUCCUAUCCUCGAGCUGCUGGUGGCACUGUUAAAGGAGUACAGGAUCGAGCUAACGCAGCUCGUCCCGAAUGGAGUUCGGGGUGGAAGGAGAAGUUCUUCUUUGCUGAUGAUACGAAGAGGGGGAGAAGAGAUGGAGGAGCUUAGCAAAUGGAAGGGGAAGAAGCUGAACCCAAAUAAGUACCAAUUGGGCGAGGUGGAAAGCCUAGACAGGGUUGGAGGGGAGUUAGUAGACAUAAUGUACCUAACUAAUCUAGAGGUGGUGGAGUCAUCUAGGAUCUAUGGGAGGAGCUCGUUAAGCGGAGCUAUAAGGCUGCCAGAGAAGAGGUCCAAGGCAUUAACUUUGGGUGGCUUGGAGGAAAGAGUGGAGGGUGGGACUUUAAGACCCCACCAAAGUGGAAGAGCUCGAGCUGAAGUGGGGCUCAGCUCGAAGCCAAGGAGGAGGGCGACUGAAGAAGAGGUUGCAACUCGGAAGAGGCAACGGGUGGAAAAGGGGAAAAGCUCUGUUCCCUUUACCAAGCAGACAUUGAGUUUCCUCGAGUCCAGCAAGACAGCUACCAAGCGAUUCAUUAAUUCCCACUUCCCUGAAGUGGAUCUACAGAGGACUAGGGAUGAAGUGGCCCUAAAUGGAGGAGCUGGGGUAGUUCGCCAUGCCCUGAAGAUUGCAAACUUGGUGAAUGCGAUGGUAGUUGAGUUCUUUAACUGCCUCUAGGAGCGAGUUACCUUAGCUGGGAAUAAUAAGGAGCUCAGCCGGCAAAAAGAGGCUACUAAGUAGAGCUUUGAUGAGUUGACUUUGGAGCUCGAGAAGGUCAGGGAGGAGUUGGCCACUUUUAAGAAAGCUGCCAAGCUGGG